AUGCAGGCAUUGCUGGAGAGGCAGCGUCAGAAACAUCGAAUUGCAGCUGCGGUGGGAGGCUCUCUGCUGCAGCGAACACAGCAGCAGCAACAACAGCAGCAAAGCGUCAUGCAGCGGUGGCAGUGGGGCGAAACCUAUGCGCAGCUUAGACAGCAAGAGCAGAACCUGAACUUCUCUAUCUUCGAGCUUCUCUCAUAUCACAAACUCCUAAACCCCCUCUGUUGCACUUCUGCAGCACCAGCAGCAGAAGCCCCAGCAGAGGCAGCAGCCGAUGAUGGGGAAAAGACAGCAGCAGGAGCCGCAGCAGAUGCAGGAACGGAUGAUACAGCAGCACAAGCAGCAGCCAACAUAGACGUAGCAUCGAAUGGUGCUGCAACAGAAACGCUAGAAGAAGCAACAAAACAAGAGGAGGCAGCACAUUCAGAAGCAGCAGCAACAGACGCAGCAGCAGCAAAAGCCCCAGCAGAAGCAGCAGCAGCAACCGGCGUUUCACUUCAUUCAAAAAGCAGUAGCCCCACCCCCCCUCCGUGUUUUGCUGCUGCUCAGCCAUUUGGACGUUUUGCCGGUUUGCUGCGUAGCACAUCUCAGCUGCUGCAGCUGCUGCAGCACUCAGCAAAGGGGGGGGCUGCUUCCGUCACCUGUUCAGAAGAGGAGCAGCACCCCGAAGCAGAAAGCUGCUGCAGCACUGAAAGACCCCAGCAGCAUCAGCAGCAACAGCAGCAGCAGCCCUUCCUCAUGGCAAGCUGUUUGUUUCAAUCAGCAGCAGCAGCUCUAAAGCAGGAGGCAGCAGCAUUAGAGCAACGCGGCGAGGCAGCAGCAGCAGAGACAGCAGCUGCGCUUUCCGCCUUGAAAGAUACCAAUCUGCUGCCUCAGCUGAAUGGGCCGCUGCUGCUCCGCAAGCAACAGCAGCAGCAGCAGCAGCAGCAGCUCGCCGGAGAUUCCCACAGUCUAACAGACGCAGAAGAUGAGGUGCUCGGAGGAAGGGCCCCACAGGUGCGUGCAGCAGCAGCAGCAGCAGAAGAACUGGCGGUGGUCCUCCGCAGCAACGCAUGCACAACCCCGGAGAAGCAGCAACAGCAGCAGCAGCAGCAGCAGCAGCAGCAGCAACAGCAACAGUCGCUGCUGCAGCAAUGGCCCAAGCUGCUGGAGGCAUACAGUCAAACGCUGCUGCAGUUAGAAGAAGAGGGAACGAAAUCCCUCAAGGGCUGGCAGCAGCAGUUGCUGCAGCACAGACGCAACCUGUACAAAGCAGCAGCAGCAGUUGUCUGCAGCAACCGCCACAGAAAACCAACAAACACAAACAGUAGCAGCAGCAGCAGCAGUAGCAAUAGCAGCAGCAGCAGCAGCAGCAGCAACAGCAGGAGCAACAGCCAACCUGCAGAGGACAGUACUGAUGCUAGCCGCAUGCGCACUCAGCCGCAAGGCGUUGCAGCGAAGAUGAAGAAGGAAGAAGAAGAGGAGAAAGAGUCAGAGACAGCUCAGCAGACAACAGAGCAACUUAAAUAUGAAAGUCCCGUCCCCUGCCCUCUCGCUUUAAACUCGAAGACGGAGGAAGGGGGGUGUCCAUACACCUCAUCGUCUGUUAGCAGCAGCGGGCUGUCGCUGCCAAGGGAGCAACAGCAGCAAAAGCAAGAGCAGCAGAAACAGCAGCAGAAACAGCAGCAGAAACAGCAGCAGGAACAGAUGCCUGAGCAGCUGCAGGAACGGCAGCACCAGCAAGAGGAUCCGCAUCAGCAGGAACAGCAACAGCAGCAGCAGCAGCAGCAGGAACAGCAGCAACAGCAGCAACAGCAGGAACAGCAGCAACAGCAGGAACAGCAGCAGGAGCAGCAGGAGGAACAGCCACAGGAACAGCAGGAACAGCAGCAGGACCAGCAGCAAGAACAGCAGCAGGAACAGCAGGAGCAAGGAAACUGUGUGGAGUUAGAUUAUUCUCGGGAGGAAGUAUUGGGUGUUCUUGUGACGGUGCGCUGGCUGUGCUCCUCUGACUUGAGUUGCAUGCAGUUUGAGUGUCUGUACAGCCGACUGCAGCGAGCGUUUCCCUUUGCUGAAGAGAAGGUGCUGCGGUGUUUGCUGCGGGCGCAGCAGCAGCUAAACCUCAGCAGCCAGCGGCACUUCACUUGCAUUCGUCUCUGGACAGGGGCGAGGCAGCAGCAGCUGGCUCGUGUGCUGCAGCAGCUAAAUGCUGCUGCGCUGCGCUGCAGGGAAGCAGCAGCCAACUACCGCAGGAAGCAAACUCUGACUGAUAAGCGCAUGCGGCUGCAGCAGCAGCUGCAGCGGCAGAGGCGGAGAAAGGAAGAAGAAAUGCAGCUGCAACAGGCGGCUGAAGAAGCAGCGCGAGAGGCCCAGGUGUCUAGACAGCUCAAAAUGACGUUGAAGGAAAAAGAAAGAAGAGAAAAAGACAAAAAAGACAUCCAUGAAUUUAGGAAACGAAAAGAGCUCGAGGCGCAGCGGCAGCAGCAACAAUUAGCAGCAGCAAAAGAAGCAGCAGCAGAACCCCUGCACAUCAAAUUGCUGCGAGAGGCCCGUGUGGUUCGGCGGCAGGAGCAGCACAAGCUGCGGCUGCUGCGGCAGCAGCAAGAAAGACAGGAACGGCAGCAGCAGGAGGAUCUGCUGCAGCAGCGGCUGAUGGAAGCUGCAGCACGACUGAAGCCAGUGAUAGAGAAAGACCCCUUGCGUCUGUGGCGGCCAACUGCUUCCUCUCACAUCUAUUCCGAGCUAAGGCGACAGCAGCAGCAGCAGCAGCAGCAACAGCAGCAGCAGCUGCAGAGGCUAAGCAGCUUCGGGGUAGAACACUCCUUCAGCAGCGCCGCCCUUAUGAAAGAUAUUCGUUAUAGACUCAGCGAAGCUCUGGCUGCCUGCCACCUCACGUCUUCAGCUGCUGCACAGGAUUUGUUGAUUGAACUAAGUCAAGGAGAGGGAAGAACAAAUAAUAUAUUCCUUGCUUAA